AAAACUUAUAAUUUUUUGUCUUAUUUUUUGUUAAUUUCCCAAAUAAAACUCACCUUUGGUUUUCAUUGUUGACCGUUCAGCCCCUUUCGUCAAAAUCAAGCCCUAAACACUCUUCACUCUCCUCCGGUCUUCCCCAAUCUUCGACGUCCGCCCAUCCCCUCCGAUCAGACGGCGCCGGCGACUGCAACUCCGAUCUGACCAGCCGCGUUGGCCCUCCGUUUUGUUUACUUGCUGUCUCGGUUUAAAGAAACAUUUCCCAAGAAAGAAUGGCAGGCAAGGCUGCCAAAUCUGUGGCGAAGGCCAUCAGCGAGUAUCAGUAUCCAUGGCAGGAGAAGUUGGCAAAAUACAAGAAUGAGCUAUCGAAAGGGGUUUGGGGUUACUGGGAACUAGGGGCAUGGAAGCACCUGGGCAUAAGUGCACGUCAUCGAGCCAGGCUUCGCAAGGAAGUACUUCUUGCUGGGCAGGAUUGGCCAUAUGAUCCAGAGAGGAAAGAGAUGAGAACCAAGAGGAAAGGGCACAAAUGCGAUCGUAUUGCGGCAGAGAAACGGGAAAACACUGCCAGGUUGAUGGAGAAAAUGCCAGAUAUGUUACUUCAAUACAAGAAGCGCAGGUGGGAGAAGAAGAUGAAGGAAGAAGAGAAGAAAAAGCAAGACAACUGAUAUGUUCUUGUUUUUUUUACUUGGUCCCGACAACUAUAGAUGGUUGGUUUCUUGCUGGUUUCUCAUGCAUGGGGAUAUUGGUUUUGUUAUCUAUACUUUGGAUUAGAUAUCGGUAUAUCACUUUGUAGGAAUUAAUAAUCUUUGAUUUCAUGUUUGGUUAUCCCUUACAUGACAGUGAUCUUAAGUAAAUUGAUGUUUGUAUUGAUAUAACAAAAUGAGGAAGAAUUAGAGCACUCAUAGUUUUCCAUGUAUAAAAACAUUUCUUUUUA